AUGACAAUCAUUUUCCUUGACAUGAUUCAUAGAGAAAUUGAAUUAUACGUAGACGAUGUCAUUAUCAAGUCAAAGGAAAAUUCGGAGCAUACUACUCAUUUGAGGGUACCGGCUGAAAAAUUGCUGGAGUUCAUAGUCAGCCGAAGGGGCAUAGAGCUAGACCAGACAAAGAUCAAAGAAAUCCAAGAAUUACCUCCUCCCAAAACCAAGAAGGAAUUCACGAGCUUCCUGGAAAGGGUAAAUUACAUUGAACGAUUCAUAGCUCAAUCCACCAUCAUUGUGGAGCCCAUCCUCAAGCUUUUAAAGAAAGACGCUCAAACAAAAUGGACAAAAGAGUGCCAAGAGGCAUUUGAUACUAUCAAUAGAUACCUGUCCAAUCCACCGGUCUUGGUACCGCCAAGGCCCAGGAGUCCACUGUUGCUAUACUUAUCGGUUGCUGAAAAUGCUUUCGAUUGCGUGUUAGGAAAACACAAUGAAGAAGGGAAAAGGGAACGUGCCAUCUACUAUUUGAGCAAAAAGUUCACUGCCUCACAAAAAGCUGUUAAAGGACAAGCCUUGGCCGACCUGCUAGCUGAAAGUCCUGUGGACGAAAAGGUUGAACCCCUCCGUACUCAUUUCCCAGACGAAGGGAUAUUCGCAAUAAAAAAGGAAGCAACGAAACCAUACACAGGCUGGAAAUUGUUCUUCGAUAGAGCAUUCAACUACAAGGGUUUCGGGAUAAGAGCAGUUUUAAUAUUAGAAAAUGGGCAACAUUACCCAAUGGCCGUGAAGCUCAAGUUCUGUCGCACCAACAAUACGGCUGAACACGAGGCCUGUAUUCCAAAUCUCAGAAUGGCACUAGAUAUGGACAUCGAUGAAUUGCUGGUCGUUGGAGAUUCUGACCUACUAAUUCAUCAAGUACAAGGUGAAUGGGCUACCAAAAAUGAAAAGAUCUUGCCAUACAUAAACUUGGCACAAAGACUGUGCAAGAAAUUCAAAAAGAUUGAGUUCCAACAUACUCCAAGAGCUCAAAAUGAGUUUGCUGACGCGCUCGCCACAAUAGCGUUAAUGAUCCAACAUCCUGAAAGUAGUCACAUCGGCCCGUUGAAGAUAAGAUUAAAAGAAGAGCAUGCUCAUUGUUGCCAUGUAGAAGGAGAGUCAGAUGGCAAGCCAUGCUACAGUGAUGUCAAGGUGUAUUUGGAAAGACGGGAAUACCCCGAAGGCAUCACAAAUGGACAAAAGAAGACCGUCAACAGAAUGGCAAACGGUUUCUCCCUAAACAAAGAAGUGCCAUACAAACGGACACUGGAUUUGGGUCUGCUUCGAUGUGUAAAUGCCGGCGAAGCCAUCAAACUUCUAGAUGAAGUACAUGCUGGGAUGUGUUGA